AAGUUCCAUAAAAGUUCAUGCACCAGAACAUGAAAACCUAUUCAGCAGCCUUGGAAAGUCGUUGAGUGAUUUUGCCAACCGUUUGCUUUUCAAGCAAUUGUCGAUCAUGAAGAAAUCUGAAUACUUAGUAGAGCGAAUUAUGGGCGGAUCUUUGUCGUUGUCAGUCAAGGUAGACAAAGAGAAUUCGCAGUUGAAGAAUUGGUUACUGAUAACAGCAGAGUAAUUUUGGAAUACGACUGUGAUUUCUCGUGCUCAUAUGGACUGAUCUGCCGGCACAUGAUGGCAGUCCACAAGCAUAAAGGCGAGCCGAUUGUAUCCGUUGAUGAAUGCAUAGCACGCCAUGCGCGCGAGCUAAAGUUUUCCGAACCGUUAUAUAAGGGAGCGCUGACAAACUCAGAGGCGUACGAAGACGACGACGUAUGCGAGAUUAAACCAAUGAAUCCCAGACAACGGUACGAUGACGCAAGAAGGGCAUGCAAACCGGUGAUAGCAAAUCUGGCCGAACUCUCGCCAGCGCAAUUUGAAACGGAAAUAGUCCGUUUUCGAGAAAUUCUUGAUAACUUCAUGGAAUCGCUAGAAAAUCCAGUGACAAGUACAGCGAGCGCUGAUAAAGCUUCAGAAAAGGGCAAUAAGGACAGAAUGGAAGACAAGGGGAAAGAUGAAGCUUACCUUACAGUUCGCUUGUAUAACAGUAUGAAUGCUCCGCUGUCGCCGCACGUUCAACUGCAGCUGUCCAUGCUGUACGGGGGCGAACAGAAUCCGGUCACCGCAGUGUUUCCGAUUGUCCAGCUUCAGUUGCCGGGGUCCAAUCAGUGCGGCCCGAUGGUGUGUUCCUACAUGGCUGAACUGAUCUCUGGAGUAUCGCCGGCGAGCACUGUAUUCGCGAAAGCCUCAGCGCAAAGGAAAUGGUUGGCCGAAGUGUUACAGGCUGAGAAAAUCAGACGGUGUCCUAAACGGCUUGGAAGGAAGGCAGUGAAUGAGCUGAUUACCGCGAAAGAUGACCUUCUAGUCACAGUAGAAGACGCGAUAUUAAUUCGUUCUAGGCUGGCUGAUUUACCUAACCGUCCUAUUAUAGGCUGUAAAGCCUGAUGUACUUGUGAUUAACUCGAUGCCAGAAAAAUUG